UUGCAUUGCGCUGCGCUGGGAGACACCAGGUAGCGCAGGAGCUGAGGCAGCGGUCGCUCUCUGCGAACAGGCUUGAAUCUAGCUCUACGUGUCGGCUGUUUUGAAUUUAAAACAAAAACACACACGCCUUGAGGUGUCUAAUAUAUCGCAGCCCUGGCUAGCAUGGCGUGUGGGUACGAAGAGGUGACAGUCCGUGGCUACGAUGACUUUAUGAAGGCCGUGUCGCAGCGUAAGGGUAAAGACGUGUUUGCCUAUUUCACCGGCAGUAAAAGCGCGCAAGGCGUCAGCUGGUGCCCUGACUGUGUGAAAGCUGAGCCGAUAGUGCGAGGAGAGCUGGGUUACCUGCCGCCCGGCUCUGUUUUCAUCUACUGCCAAGUUGGGGAUCGCCCCUACUGGAAGGACCCGAACAACGAGUUUAAAAAGACGCUGAAGCUGAGCGGAGUGCCCACGCUGCUUCGCUACGGCACGCCCCAGAAGCUGGUGGAGGAGGAGUGCUUUAAGAAAGACCUGGUACGCAUGAUGUUCACCGAGGAUUAGACUCCCCGACUGGGACCCCUGGUCUCCCUGAUCUCAAUCUCACCGCCCCGUUCGCCUUAAAGAGAUACCGUGCCACAGGGAGGGGAACAAGACUCCCCUUGCACAGCAUUCGGAGCCACGGGACGGGCUUUGCAGCAAUUCUGUGCCUUGGCAAUUCCACAACCAAAAGCUGUUUGCUGUUAAGAUCGCAAAACCUGGAGUGAAUCCCACUGCUGUGCGACAGGAGUCUUACUUCCAUAUUUUAAUCUCCCCCUCCCCCUGGAAAUGAUGUAUUAAAUAAACACCAAUAAAGGUUUCUACGGUAGAUGGGCACACGAGACUGGUUUACUGCUCUGUUGUAUUGUACUCAGGGUCCUCACUGAGCAGGAUGGUGGUCUGUUGACGUUGUACUCGCUGAGCUGGGACUCAAGUCAUUGCCUUGUAUCGGAGGACCACACAAAACACAGCAGUACUUGCGCGUGAUAGCUGAAAGGAAUGUUUCUACAAAUACAUAUAUGUAUAGGCUUACAGUAUAUAUUAAUGAUAUGAAACAAUAAAACAAAGUUGUAAUGCACUAA